UUAGCUUUAGCUGUGGUUAACUCCUCCACAUAUGUUCACACGCCACAACUAAUUCUGCAGGGUCAAUAUGGACUUAUUCAACAAAAUGUUGAUCGACCAUUUAAGAAAGGAAUGAGAUCACUCGAGAAGAUGUUUCCUCACUCAGGGAAAUCCAUCGUCUUUGACAGCUUUCCAGAUCCAUCCAACACCUGGGAGAUCAUUGAGACUAUUGGUAAAGGGACUUAUGGGAAAGUUUAUAAAGUGCUUAACAGGGUCAAUGGCAGCAAAGCCGCCGUCAAAAUACUGGAUCCAAUCCAUGACAUUGAUGAGGAAAUUGAAGCUGAAUAUAACAUCCUGAAAGCUCUCUCAGACCAUCCCAAUGUCGUCAAGUUCUUUGGAAUGUUCUACAAAAAGGAUGUCAAGAUCGGCGACCAGCUAUGGCUAGUUCUAGAGUUGUGUAAUGGAGGGUCUGUCACAGAUCUGGCUAAAGGUAUGCUGAAAAGAGGAGACCGCAUGGAGGAACCCAUCAUUGCCUACAUCCUACAUGAAGCACUCAUGGGUCUCCAGCAUUUACACAUCAAUAAGACCAUCCAUCGAGACAUCAAGGGCAACAACAUCCUGCUCACCACAGAAGGAGGAAUCAAGAUGGUUGACUUUGGGGUAUCGGCUCAGCUUACAAACACCCGGUUAAGGAGGAACACUUCGGUCGGAACCCCCUUCUGGAUGGCCCCUGAGGUCAUCGCGUGUGAGCAGCAGCUCGACUCCACGUAUGACGAGCGCUGUGACGUGUGGUCUCUCGGUAUCACGGCCAUAGAGCUGGGUGAUGGGGACCCGCCCCUGGCUGAUCUUCAUCCAAUGAGAGCUCUCUUCAAAAUUCCAAGAAAUCCUCCACCUACCCUACACCAACCAGAGCUCUGGUCAAAUGAUUUUAACGAUUUCAUAUGCAAGUGUCUGAUAAAGGAUUUUGAGCUCAGGCCCAAUGUGUUUGAACUUCUUCAGCAUGUCUUCAUCAGACAGAUUGUGGGCCGAGAGAAGACACUGCAGAAGCAGCUGAUGGAGCUAAUCGACCUCAACCAACAAAUGGGCGUUAUCGAGAAAACAAGGCAUGAGCGUAUCCACACCAAAAAAGGCAGCUACAUGAAGUCUCAAAGUCAAACUUGUGAUGACGUGGAGGAUCUGGCAACCCUAGAGGUUCUAGAUGAAAACACAAUCACCGAACAGCUACAGAGACGUUAUGCAACGGAGCAGAUCUACACCUACGUUGGAGACAUCCUCAUAGCGGUUAAUCCAUUCCAGAAAACAGAGCUGUACACGCCAGAGCAUUCUAAGAUUUAUGUUGGAGCCAAAAGAACGUCCAACCCUCCUCAUAUAUAUGCAGUUGCAGACAUUGCAUAUCAGUCCAUGGUCUCUCAUAAUACUGAUCAGUGUAUUGUCAUCAGCGGAGAGAGUGGUGCUGGGAAAACAGAAAGCGCCCACCUAUUAGUCCAACAGCUGACCGUCCUCGGAAAGGCAAACAAUCAGACCCUCCAAGAGAAGAUUUUGCUGGUCAAUAGUCUGGUGGAGGCCUUUGGAAAUGCCUGUACUGUGAUCAAUGAUAACUCCAGUCGCUUUGGGAAGUAUCUGGAGAUGAAGUUCACAUGUGGAGGCACAGUGGUGUCAGCUCACAUACAACAUUACCUCCAAGAAAAAAUCCCUCUUCAAAAACUCACCAACCAUUUCAGAGGGGAACGUAACUUCCACAUCUUCUAUUAUAUCUAUGCCGGUCUGGCAGAGAGGAAGAAACUUGGCCACUACAAGCUGUCAGACAGCAAAACUCCAAAGUAUCUCCACAAUGAGAAUGUUAAAUUAGUGCCUGACAUUGUGGGCAAUGCCUUCUAUAAGGAGCAGUUUGAGACAGUGGAGCAGUGCUUCAAGGUCAUCGGCUUCACACUAGAGGAGCUCGGAAGCGUUUACAGUACCUUAGCUGGGAUCCUAAAUGCAGGUGAUGUUGAGUUCACAUCAGUGGCUUCGGAACAUCAGACGGACAAAAGCAACAUUUCCAACAUGGCAGUACUAGAGAGUGCUGCAUCACUGCUGUGUAUCCGUGCGGAUGAGCUCCAGGAAGCGCUGACCUCUCACUGUGUGGUCACACGGGGCGAAACCAUCGUCAGGUCAAACACAGUGGAGAAGGCCAUUGAGGUACGGGACGCCAUGAGCAAAGCCCUCUACGGACGCCUGUUCAGCUGGAUCGUCAACCGCAUCAACUCUCUCCUGAAACUAGACAGCCUGUCAGUGGAGGAAGACAAAGGUCUGAACAUUGGUAUUCUUGACAUCUUUGGCUUUGAAAACUUUAAAAGGAACUCUUUUGAGCAGCUCUGCAUCAACAUCGCCAAUGAGCAGAUCCAGUUCUACUUCAACCAGCACAUCUUCGCCUGGGAACAGGAUGAGUAUCUGAAUGAAGAUGUGGAUGCUCGAGUGAUUGAAUAUGAAGACAACAGGCCGCUGCUGGACCUGUUCCUUCAGAAGCCCAUGGGCAUGUUAGCACUACUGGAUGAGGAGAGUCGCUUCCCUCAGGCUACUGACCAGACCCUCGUCGAGAAAUUUGAGGACAACUUAAAAUCCAAAAACUUCUGGAGACCAAAGAGGGUUGAUCUGGGCUUUGGAAUCCAUCACUACGCAGGCAAGGUGAUCUAUAAUGCCAGUGGUUUUCUGGCUAAGAACAGAGAUGCUCUGCCCGCUGAUAUUGUUCUCUUGCUGAGGUCUUCAGAGAAUGAACUGAUCCGUAAACUGGUUACUCACCCUCUCACUAAAACAGGUAACCUGGCUCACACUAAGGGCAAGGCUGCUAGCUCUGCUCGUAUGGGUACACAACAAUCACAGAGCACCAUUAACUUUGACAAGUUGGAAGGUCUUAUGUUGUUCAGUACUGUAUCAUUCAGUGAGUCUUCCUCCCGGAAAUUAACUCCCACCCAUGACAAAACAAUCCUUGCCUUGCCAGUUGACACUGUACAAACGGCGGAGAGCACAGGAGACACCACACAUCAUCCCAGAGAGACCACCAACAUGAAGACUCAAACUGUAGCCUCUUACUUCAGAUAUUCUCUAAUGGAUCUGUUAUCAAAGAUGGUGGCAGGCCAGCCUCACUUUGUACGUUGCAUAAAACCUAACAAUGAUCGUCAAGCCCACAAGUUCGACAGGGAGAAGGUUUUGAUUCAGCUGCGCUACACUGGUAUUCUAGAGACAGCUAAGAUACGCAGACAAGGCUACUCUCAUCGGAUUCUCUUCAAUAACUUCAUUGAGAGGUACUCUAUACUAGCAUUUAGAGCCAAUGAAGAGCCACCAAUGAAUCCAGAGACAUGUGCUGUUAUUUUGGAGAAGGUCAAACUAGAGAACUGGGUUCUGGGCAAAACAAAGGUCUUUCUUAAGUACUAUCAUGCAGAGCAACUGAAUCUGAUGGUGAGGCAGACCACAGACCGGAUUGUUCUAGUCCAAGCAUAUGUACGAGGCUGGCUGGCAUUCAGACGAUACCGUUUGAUGCUUGACAAGAGAGAACAAAGUGCUGUGGUGUUGCAGUCAGCAUACAGAGGACACAAAGUUAGGAAAAGAGUGGCUGAUGACAAAAGCAAGGCAGCUGUUAUCACACAAUUUCAAGCGGUGUGCAGAGGAUAUCUGGCAAGGCAGAAAUACAAGGAGUUACUAGAUGAGAAGAACAAAGCUGCUGCAAAAAUCCAGGCCCAUUACAGGGGACACAAAGAGAGGAAAAGCUUCAAGAGGAAAAAGGAAGCCAUGCAGAAGGAAAACGCUGAGAAGACAGAAGAAGUGGCAGAGGCCCAAUCAGAAGCAGAUGGUCCAGUUUCAGAGGAACCUCCCAAGGAAGGAGAUGAAGCAGUAAUGGAUGAUGCUGAUGAAAAGGCCGCUGUGGUCCUCCAGAGCAACUACCGAGGUUAUAGGGAAAGGAAGAAAUACAAGGAGCGUCGUGAACGGAAUAAGACCUUGACCGGGGAUGAGCUGGCCAUUUCCUCAUCCACCCCUGAAGAAGUCACUUCGGAAGAAAAUUUGGAUGCUAUACAAGAGGAAGUACAGGAGAAUUUGGAGAAAGAAGGGAAUGAGGCUGAGGAAGAGGCUGAAAGUGGAGGAGAUGAGAACAAUGAACAGGAAACCAAGGCAGCCACUGUUAUACAGAGCAACUUCAGAGGUCAUAAAGAACGUAAAAGACUCCAAGAGGAGGGGAAGAUCCCAGUUAGAGGGAAGAAGGAGACAAUGAGUCCUCCAGUUGAUGAGGAGCUUCCUAUUCCAGAUCCACCACCUCCAGAAGAACUGAUGGAAUUUACUGAGGACAUGGAACAGGAAGAUGAGACUCCAGCUCAACCACCAGGAGAAGAUGAAGAAGCCAAAGCUGCUGUGGUUCUUCAGAGCAACUUCCGUGGCCACAAAGAGCGUAAAAGACUCCAGGAGGAAGGCAAAAUCCCCAAGAAAAAGACAAAUGAAGAAAUUGCUAAUCUAGACACUUCAGAACUAGACAUUUCUCUCGAAGAACUUCCACCACCUCCAUUAGAAUUCGAGCCAGACCAAGAACUAGAUUUCAGUCAGUCUCCAGGGGCAGAUGAAGAACAUGCUGCAACUGUUUUACAGAGCAAUUUCAGAGGCCACCAGGAGAGAAAGCGAUUGAGAGCAGAGAGAGAAGGAGCCAUAGGAAAAGGGAAGGGGGUAGAAGAAGAGGAGGACACUCAGGCUAAGGACGGCCAGUAUGAUGAGGAGCAGGCAGCCAUUAAAAUCCAGAGCAAUUUUAGAGGUUACAAAGACAGAAAGAACCUGAAAGCUACAUCACAAAAACAGGAUGAGGAAGUGGAGUCUCUCUUUAAACAGGUAACCAGUGCCUCUGAAGAUUACUUAUCACUGCAGAAGAAGUUAAAUGAAAUCAUCCUUGCCCAUCAGCUAAACCCCAGUGAAAAUGGAAUGUUUGUGAAAGGAAAACCUAUGAAUGGCUACACGGGCAGUUACCAGCCACCAGCCGACACAAAGCAGUCACGAACGUCUCGCCGCACACAACAACCAAAGACCCUGAACACACCAGAGGACUCCACGUACUACACACUCAUUCAUAGGUCUGUCCAGGACGAUAAAAGGAGGCCAAGAAAACAAAGCCCCAAAAGGCUGGACAAUGAUGACCAGUACUACCAGGGCUUGUCCAGCACUAAAUCCAAAAGCCUGCCCAGUGAGAGACGCCGCUCAAGCAAACGCAGAUCAUCUUCCGAGAGACCACUGUCUGAUGUCUCUAAAUCUGAUCUCCCUAAGGACCCAAAGAAGAGGCACUCGUUCUCUAGAAUGCCCUCUACAGAGAGUCAAAGUGAGGACAACCCUUAUGACUACAGAAAGAUACUGAGGAAGACCUCCCAGAGACAAAGGCUUAUAACACAGCCUGUCAGUGACUGAUGAGGUCAGCAAAAAACUUCAUCCUUAAAGGAAGAGUUCACCUAAAAAUUUAAUUUCUGGCCUCAUUUACUCAAACCCACAUGAAUUUUUUUUCUUGUGUGAAACACAAAAGGAGAUUUUUUUUUUUAUAAUGUACCACCCGCUCUUUUGCAUGGAGUUACAAUAAUCUGAGGCUUUUAAUCUUCAAAAAGAGCACAAAGUGAUGUUUGAUUCGUCAAAGAAUCAUUCUUUUGAGUCAGAUCUGAGAUGAUUUGUUCACAAAUCGGACUGAUCCGGUUCAACUCAGUGAUCCGGUACAGCUCACUAGAGGGAUUUCCUGUUUCUUUAAGUAAUACAUCAUGUUUUCAGUCCAUUUGUGGUGACCAAUUUGGUUUGGUUUCCCAAAGAACCUCAGCAUUAUUUCAGAAAGCACUGAUUUUAGUUUAAGUAGUUGCAUAAAUAAUGACUGCUUAAUGCUUUUUGCUGUACAGAAUGUAAUGCUAAUUGACUAAUCAGAGACUUAAACUGAUAGAAUGAUGUUUUAUGGAUGGAGCCAAAGAGCUGAUGGUGACAGGACUUUGUGCUGCCCUUACUUGAUUUUUAACUCAGGUUUAGCAGUUGAUGUUUUCUGGAUGUUGAUGCAUUCUGUGUAAGUCACUCUGUGAAUAAAGAUUUGUCUUCAAAGACAUUCAUUUGGACCAAUUAGGUUAUAUUUAAAUUACUGUCUGUUCUGGAUUCUUUAGUGAGUCAGACUUGCAGCAUCAUUUCUGCAUAAAUAAAUAAAAGAUGCAUUAUAAUAUUUUCCCACUUGUAUCUACACUUGUAUCUGCAUGUAUAUCUAAAUACAUACUUUUUUUAUUUCAUACAUAUACAUAGCCUAUGAAUAUGUGUAUUCUUGAAAUGUCAUUUGUGUGUAAAUAUGAUUUUCUAAAUACUUAAUUAUUUAUGUAAUUAGUCUAAUUAAAUGAUAAAAUGCUUAAAUUGUACAUAUUGACUGAUGUUAAACCCAGAUCAGA